AAGGCUGGCAGGCUAGCAUUUCCGCUCAACUGGUUGUUAGGAACUGCUUUUCUCGGACCAUCAAGAGGUCAGCAGGACAACAUGGCUCAACACGACCUUACGACAAAGAUUGGUCACUACCUGGACCGCCAUAUGGUGGCUCCAUUACUCGAGUUUUUGUUGGGAAAAGAGAUCUACUCCCACAAAGACUUGAUGCAGGCCAAGUAUGACCUUCUCUCGAAAACGAAGAUGAUUGACUAUACCAAUCAGAUUUAUAAAGAGAUUAAUGGGUUGGAAGAUGAGGGAGAUAAUGAGCCGGGAUACGAAGAGCGGCGUGCGGGUGUCUUGCAAAAGUUUGAGGAAUUGACGGAGCAGAGCUCCGAAAUCAUGGAUAUGAUCCAGGACCCUAUCGUCAUCCAGCAGCUUAAGCAGGACAAACUCGCCAACAUCCAGUUUCUAAGUGACAACUACAACUUCAAACCUGAAAUGCUCAACGCACUUUACGAAUUCGCGCUCUACAAUUACGACAUUGGUAACUACUCCAGCGCUGCAGAGAUGCUGUAUCAUUUUCGUAUUUUGUCCACAGACUACGACCUCAACGUCAGCUCGCUCUGGGGAAAGCUCGCCGCUGAGAUUCUCACCCAAAACUGGGAAACCGCGUACGACGACCUAAACCGACUGAAAGAAAUGAUUGAACAGCGCAACUUCACCUCCCACCUCCAAGCACUCCAACAGCGAUCCUGGCUGAUUCACUGGUCUCUCUUUGUCUUUUUCAACCACCCCAAAGGCCGGGACGGCAUUGCCGACCUAUUCUUCCAACCGCAAUACCUCAAUACCAUCCAGACCGCAUGCCCAUGGAUCCUCCGUUACCUCACCACUGCCGUCGUCGUGAACAAGAAGCGCCGCAACGUCCUCAAAGACCUGAUUAAAGUAGUGCAGCAAGAGUCCCAUGCCUACCGGGAUCCGAUUACCGAGUUUAUUGAGUGUCUUUACGUCAACUUUGACUUUGACGGUGCACAGCAGAAGCUCAAGGAGUGUGAUGAAGUGAUUGCCAACGAUUUCUUUUUGGUUUCACUUCAAGAGGACUUCAAGGAGAAUGGACGGUUAUUCAUAUUUGAGACGUACUGCCGUAUCCACCAAUGCAUUGACAUCAAGGAUGUGAGCCAGAAACUCGAUUUGAGCCCUGAAGCGGGUGAAAAAUGGAUUGUGAACCUGAUCCGAAAUGCGCGGAUGGACGCCAAGAUUGACUCCAAGACGAACACGGUUAUCAUGGGCACACAGUACAAUUCAAUCUACCAGCAAGUCAUUGAGCGAACGCGAGCACUGUCAUUCCGAUCCUCACUUUUGGCAUCAAAUAUUGAGAAGAGAGAGCAGGAGCUGGCGAACCGGAGGAAGGUACGAGGGAAGGGUGGUCGUGAGGAAGCUGUUUCAACUCCUUUGGAAGGAGAGGAUGCCGAAUAGAGUAUGUGUGGAUAUUGUAGAUGAUAACAUGUGCAAUAUAUGUAUUAUUAGCAAAUGCACACGCUGGCAUUUACCGAAAGCUUUCUAGCCAACAUUUACCAUCUACAAGUACAAGUAGUGUCAUCCAUA